AUGAAUUUAUCGAAAGAAAGCCCUAUGUGUGGAUCUUGUGCUUCAAAAGACGAAACACAGCUUUCAAGUGACCGGGACAAAUGGCCCAUUGGUAAAAUCGAAAAUGGUUGUUUUGACGAAAUUUGCAAACUACUCGACUUAGCUUAUAGUAGCAAGGACGCCCUUGUGAGCGCUUUAGGUAGCUUCGACCAAACAACGGCUGCAGGUAUUAAAAUAACAUACGAAGUAAAGGGAGGAUUGGGGACUGCCGAAGAAGUACUCGGUAAGUGGGGAUCAUCAAAUCAAGAAAAUAAUGUGGGGGCUCUUAUAAGAAGAUUCUUAAAGAUAACAUGCAAAGGGAUGAUGUUGUUGUCGAGAUUGAAAAAUGGGAGAAGUUGGCUGUUUGUCAUGGAUGCGAACGACGGUGAUUUCAAUAGCACUACUGAAUGGAAAUCAAUAUUACCAUUUAGCAAAAGGAAUAGAUCACAUAAAAAAUUACAAAAUUGA